GGGCCGGAGCCGAGCCGGGGUCGGGGAAACAGCGGGGACCCUCGGAGGCGGGGCCAGUGGGACCGCGAUGGGCGUGGAGAUCGAGACCAUCUCCCCGGGAGACGGAAGGACAUUCCCCAAGAAGGGCCAGACGUGUGUGGUGCACUACACAGGAAUGCUCCAAAAUGGGAAGAAAUUCGAUUCAUCCAGAGACAGAAACAAACCUUUCAAGUUCAGAAUUGGCAAACAGGAAGUCAUCAAGGGUUUUGAAGAGGGCGCAGCCCAGCAGCUGCUCCGAGCUUUUCUGCCAUUUGAAGCUUGUGCUGGGAGCCAGCUGUGACCAGAGGAACAGCUCCAGCCAUCCGGUUUUUCUAGGGGCUCUGUUAUUUGUGACCACAAUGAAAAGUUCAGACAAUGAUGUGAUAACUGACAGACUUCCCAGGCUUAAGAGCUCAAACGAAUGGCUGGAGCCCCAGCCACUUUCCUUCAUGGAGGCAUUAGCUAAAGAAGAUAUUGAUGCAGCUAUUCAAUCAAUAUUAUACAGAGAAAAUUAUAUAAUUAAGGAACUAAGUAAGUAUUUAAAGCAUCAUGACUUCUUAAAUGCAAGAAGAAAAGAGAUAUUAUAUAAAAGAUGGGUUGAUCAUGUGGCAGAUCCUCUCCAGAAGAAAAUUAUAGAAAAUGUUACUUCACAUAAGAAGAUUAAAAAAAGGAGACAAGAGGAAUUAGAUGGUUUUUUAAAAUACAUAAAUAAAAAGGGAAAUGCAUUUAUAGAGCAUUAUGAUCCAAAAGAAUAUGAUCCUUUUUACAUGAACAAAGAGGACCCGAAUUUUCUGAAGGUUACCAUCCCACCAUUUCGUGACCCUUUGAAAAAGGCACAAUAUGACAAAGACGAUGGAAAAAGAAUUCUUCUUCAGUGUGAGACUGGCAAAAUAUUUACAAUGAAAGAAUUUAAAGAGGUUGAGAAGGCCAAACUGCAUUCCAGAUUUCCAGGAAUUUCUAAUUCAAGGCACUUUAUGACUCCAAAUGAGUGGAUUAAACUGCCUACAAACUACAUAGAAAGUGAAUUUUGUAAAAGGAGCAGGUUAAAAGUAAAAGUGAAUUUUAACGAAAGUAGUUUUGACUUGAAACCCGCUGCAAAAACCCCUCAUCUUCUGAAAUCCCAGGAAGAAGAAAAAGCAGUUGUUUACAAAUUUUAGCAACCAAGGAGCACACACCCUGAGCCUUGGCUGGUAAAAGAGGACACAAAAGAAGGCUGCUUCAAAGGAAGCCAUCUGCCAGCAGGAAUCAUUCAGGAUGAGGACCAAGAAAGGCACUCAAGAAUUGUUCUAUGUCUAAGAAGAGCAUCUGCAAUAAACUUCAUCUUUGAGUCCAGUGUCUGUAUGAUAAUUAAGAAAUGACAAUACUGUAUAUUGACAGUUAUUGCAAAUGUAUUUCCUCCAGGAGUUAAAUGUUGGCCUGAAGGAUACAAUAAAAAUACUAAUAGCUACCUUACUUAGCACCCAUCUCAAUUCACUUGCUCUAUCCCUAAAUUGUCAGGCACCCUUAAAAUCCACACCCACAUAUUCUCCCCAGGUUUCUCCAACAGUCUUUAGAAAAUUUAAAAAUUCAUUUUGAUUACCCACGUGCUGAUUCUGAGUCUGCAAAGUUACAAAAAUUCAUUUUGA